GCUGGGGUCUAGCGCCUGCGCAGUAGAUACCAAACCUCUAGGCGGCCAGCACGUGGGGUCUGUUGGUACUGCGCGGAUCAAGAGGGUCUUGCAGCUGGAGGACUGGGAGACCGAAAGAGAGCUGUGGGCAGAGAAGGGCCAUGGCACCAGCAGAAAUUCUCAACGGGAAGGUGGUCUCCGCGCAAGUAAGAGAGAGACUGAAGAGCCAAGUUACUCAAAUGAGGGAACAGGUUCCAGGUUUCAGGCCAGGCCUGGCGAUUAUACAGGUUGGAGAUAGAGAUGAUUCAAAUCUUUAUAUAAGUAUGAAACUAAAAGCUGCUGAGGAGAUUGGAAUCAGAGCCACACAUAUUAAACUACCAAGAACCUCAAAUGAGGCAGAGGUUUUAAGGUGCAUCACAUCUUUGAAUGAAGACCCUGCUGUUCAUGGACUCCUGGUCCAGUUACCUUUAGAUUCAGAGAAGACCAUUAACACUGAGCUGGUAACAAAUACCAUUGCUCCCGAAAAGGAUGUGGAUGGAUUAACUAGCAUCAGUGCUGGAAAGCUUGCUAGAGGUGACUUAGGAGAUUGUUUCAUUCCAUGUACACCAAAAGGAUGCUUGGAACUUAUCAAAGAGACGGGAGUGCAAAUUGCUGGUAGACAUGCUGUAGUGGUUGGACGCAGCAAGAUUGUUGGUGCUCCAAUGCAUGACUUGCUUCUAUGGAAUAAUGCCACAGUGACCACAUGCCAUUCAAAGACUAUCCAGUUGUCUGAGGAGGUUAAUAAAGCCGAUAUCCUUGUGGUUGCAACUGGACAACCUGAAAUGGUGAAAGGAGAGUGGAUUAAACCUGGAGCUAUAGUAAUAGACUGUGGAAUCAACUAUGUUUCAGAUAAUACAAAACCUAAUGGAAAAAGAGUUGUGGGGGACGUGGCUUAUCAUGAAGCAAAAGAGAAGGCUUCCUACAUCACCCCAGUGCCUGGUGGAGUUGGACCUAUGACUGUGGCAAUGUUAAUGCAGAGUACAGUAGAAAGUGCAAAGCAUUUCCUAGAGAAAUGUAUACCAGGAAAGUGGAAUAUUCAGUAUAAUCAGCUUAGCCUGAAGACCCCUGUUCCAAGUGACAUUGAAAUAUCACGUUCUUGCACACCAAAGCCCAUUGGUUACCUGGCUAAGGAAAUUGGCUUGCUCUCUGAAGAAGUGGAAGUAUAUGGUCACACAAAAGCCAAGGUUCUACUUUCUACCUUAGAACGCCUGAAACACCAACCUGAUGGAAAAUAUGUGGUUGUAACAGGAAUAACCCCUACACCUUUGGGAGAAGGAAAGAGUACAACCACAAUAGGGCUGGUUCAAGCUCUGGGAGCACAUCUUCAUCAGAAUGUUUUUGCUUGUGUUCGACAACCAUCUCAGGGCCCAACCUUUGGAAUAAAAGGUGGAGCUGCAGGAGGGGGCUAUUCUCAGGUUGUUCCAAUGGAAGAGUUCAACCUCCAUCUCACUGGUGACAUCCAUGCUAUUACUGCAGCUAAUAACUUGGUUGCUGCUGCUAUUGAUGCCCGCAUAUUCCACGAACUGACACAGACAGAUAAGGCUCUCUUUAAUCGCUUGGUGCCCUCAGUUAGUGGAGUGAGGAAGUUCUCAGAUAUUCAAGUCCGUAGGCUGAGGAGACUAGGAAUUGAGAAAGAUGACCCUGCCACCUUAACAGAUGAAGAAAUAAAUAGAUUCGUGAGAUUGGAUAUAGAUCCAGAAACCAUAACUUGGCAAAGAGUGUUAGAUACCAACGACAGAUUUCUGAGGAAAAUCACAAUUGGUCAAUCACCUACUGAAAAAGGACACACACGAACGACUCAAUUUGACAUUUCUGUGGCUAGUGAAAUCAUGGCAGUUUUGGCACUUACCAGUAGUCUGGAAGAUAUGAGAGAAAGACUGGGCAAGAUGGUGGUUGCAAGUAGUAAGAAAGGAGAGCCAAUCAGUACGGAAGAUUUGGGAGUGAGUGGUGCUUUGACAGUGCUGAUGAAAGAUGCAGUCAAGCCCAAUCUUAUGCAGACGUUAGAGGGGACCCCAGUGUUUGUUCAUGCUGGACCAUUUGCCAAUAUUGCGCAUGGAAAUUCCUCAAUUAUAGCUGACAGGAUUGCCCUGAAGCUUGUUGGCCCUGAAGGAUUUGUAGUGACUGAAGCAGGAUUUGGAGCAGACAUUGGAAUGGAAAAGUUUUUUAACAUCAAAUGCCGAUAUUCUGGUCUCCGUCCUCAUGUGGUGGUACUUGUUGCCACCAUUAGAGCUCUCAAAAUGCAUGGAGGAGGCCCCACAGUCACUGCAGGAAUGCCUCUACCAAAGGAUUACACAGAAGAGAACCUGGAAUUGUUGGGGAAAGGCUUUUGCAACUUGGGAAAACAAAUUCAAAAUGCCAGGACAUUUGGUAUUCCAGUAGUAGUGGCUGUCAAUGCAUUCAAGACUGAUACUGAAGCAGAAGUGGAGCUGGUUGUCCGUCUGGCUAAGGAAGCUGGAGCUUUUGAUGCUGUGAAGUGCACUCACUGGGCAGAAGGGGGGAAGGGAGCCACUGCCCUCGCUCAUGCAGUCCAGAGAGCCUCCCAGGCACCAAGUAACUUCCAGCUCCUCUAUGAUGUGCAGCUCCCUGUUGUAGACAAGAUCAGGAUAAUUGCACAGAAAAUCUAUGGGGCUGAAGACAUCGAAUUACUGCCAGAGGCUCAGCAUAAAGUUGAACUCUACACAAAGCAGGGAUUUGGAAACCUUCCCAUCUGCAUGGCUAAAACACAUCUAUCCUUAUCUCAUGACCCAGAGAAGAAAGGUGUACCCACAGGUUUUGUUCUGCCAAUCCGUGACAUCCGGGCCAGUGUUGGUGCUGGCUUCCUGUACCCUUUGGUGGGGACGAUGAGUACAAUGCCUGGUCUCCCAACUCGGCCCUGUUUCUAUGACAUUGAUUUGGAUCCUGUAUCUGAACAGGUGAAUGGAUUGUUUUGAAUUGAUUUGGUGUAUCUUCCAGAAACCACAUUGGAAAUUUACCCAGAAGCCUGUAUUUGUAGUGCCUGAUUUUACAUAAUCAUGUAUAGAUUUACUUACAUCAUGAAAGUCUUUUAUCAGUCCUUGUGCAAUUCAAUUAAAUAAAAUAAUUUUAAUAUCUUUUAAA